AUGACAUUGUGGUUGGUCGUUCGUCUUCUAUUUGUUGCUUGCGGUUUUUAUGCCCGAGCUGAAGACUCGCAACUGCUCAACACAUUUUCCGCUCAGCUCAUCAGCCGAUUUGAGGAGCAGUCAAGAGCAGAAUUGCUUGACGAGCCUUUUGAAAAUGUUAAAUCGAACAUUCGAGUGAAGUCCGAAUAUCCGCAAGAGGCAUUGAGUUCAGCAAAGAAGAAGUUGGAACAGCUCUUUGCUGAUAGGACUAGAGCCCUCCAGACUUUUUACUACAUAUUUUCUUACAAACUAUUUCUUGCAAAAUUCUUAGACAAAGUUUUGUUGUCAAAUAUUGAUUAG